AUGUAUCUGCAUCACCUAUCGCAGCUGUUGAUUUUAUCUGUCAUUGUGCUGGGAGUCUCGUCGUGGCUCAGAAAGCGACCGCCACGGGGAUUCCGUAAGGUUCCUGGGCCUCGGGGCCUUCCUUUCGUGGGAAACUUAUUGCAACUUUCAUCGCAACCACAGCGAGAGAUCAACGUCUGGGCCAGGCAGUAUGGGGAACUCUUCCGUCUUAAUCUGGGCUGGGAUACAUGGGUCUUCAUCAGCAGCCCAGAAGCGCAUAAAGAGAUUCUCGAAAGUCAAUCGGGCAUCACCUCGGGCAGGCCUCCUCGGCCAGUGUCCUCUGAUGUAGUGUCUGGUGGGCUUCGGCUAGUCCUGAUGAGCUAUACGCUUCGUUGGCGCAAACUUCGCGCGACCGUUCACAAAUUGCUAACGCCCAAGGCUUCGGGUGUUUUCAAACCAAGCCAGGAAUUCGAAGCAAAACAGCUCCUGUAUGACCUGCUUGUCAACAACAAGAAUCUGGAGGAAUUUUAUAUGCAUGUCCGACGAUACACUACAUCUGUAGUGAUGACAUCAACGUAUGGGAAACGAGUUCCAACAUGGGAUCGCGAGGAUUAUAUUGAAGUGUACGCCGAAAUGGACGACUUUUCACGUUCCCUAGUACCUGGAGAAUUUAUAGCAGAUUUGUUUCCUCCUUUAGCAAGACUCCCCACAUGGCUACAGUGGUGGCGAGAGCGGGCGCUUGAAUAUCACCGUCGUCAAGCACACAUAUGGCUCAAGCACUGGAGAAACCUUCGACAGCAGAUCGCAGAGAAACGAGCACCGGAGUGCUUUGUGAAGCAAUACAUCGAAUCAGAACAGAAGAAGGAAGAUUUCUCUGAAAUGCAGGGUGCUUUUGUCGCUGGCACAAUGAUCGAAGCAGGCUCCGACACAACUUCUGCCACUUUGAACAGCUGUAUUAAGUAUCUCGCCAUGUCGCCAGCAGUCCAGCAGCGCGCAAACGAGGAGUUAUCCGCCGUCAUUGGGGACCAUCGAUUUCCUACAUUCAACGAUGAGGCCCAGCUCCCCUACGUCCGAGCCAUAGUCAAGGAGAUUCCAAGAAUGAGACCCAUAACUCGCUUCGGUACACCACAUUACACCACGGCAGAUGUGAAGUACAAGGACUUCUUUAUUCCGAAGAACACCGUCCUAUCAGUGGCGACCUAUGCUCUACACUUCGAUCCUGACCGAUACGACGAACCCUUUGUUUUCAAGCCAGAACGAUAUCUCGGCCACCCUCUAAAGGCCGGUGUUUAUGCAGCAAUGGCCGACCCGUAUGCGCGCGAUCAUUUCAACUUCGGAUCUGGCCGCCGCAUUUGUCCGGGAAUGCAUCUUGCCGAAAAUAGUCUUUUUAUAACUAUCGCCAAAAUUCUAUGGGCAUUCCAAAUAGCUCCACCACUGGAUGCAGAUGGUAAGGAAGAAGCGAUGGAUCUGUCUCCUGAGUCGGAUGAACCCGGCAUGAUAACAUCCUUCAAGAAGUAUAAGGUGCGGUUUCUUCCGAGAAAUGAGCAGAGGAAGCAGACGCUACUGAAGGAAUGGGAAACUGCCGUCUCGGACGGGUUCUACUUGGGCAAGGUGAAAGUCGACAUCAACGGUAUGGUUGUUGCUUGA